AUGGAACAUUCGACCUUAAGACUCCCUUCUGUAGAAGAAUUGAAACCAUUUCCAUUGCCUAAGCAAUUAUCAACACUUCCGGAGCAUGUUCUUAGAGAGUUCAGUCAGCUGUAUGAACUUGUGAAUGGAUAUGUUCAAAGUUUGCCCCAGUUUAAAGGGUACCAGGAGGUUGUUGUACAGGAACUAAAUCAACAAAUACAUAAAAUAAAUGUAUGCUGUGAACUCUUGAAUGAGUACUCUGAAGUUGCUGAGCGAAUCAAAAACCAAACACAAUCGCUAAACUCAAGUUAUGGAGAGUGGACAAACUUGGAAACAAUCCAAUACCAGUUGCUCUCAGCUAAUUUUAAUCAAGAGUCAUUAAAAAAAAAAUUCGAGAAACAUUUGAAUGAAACUAAUCAACAACUGUAUGAUGAGAUCAAGAAAUUCAAGAAUUCAAGUCAGAGUGAAUCCGACUUCGCAGACUUUGUGGAAAAUUUCAGGAAACAGAGAAAGACGUAUCAUAGUAAAAAGGAGAAGAUGAAUAGAUGGAACGAAGAAAGGGUGACAGGGUUUGUAUAA